AAAGCUGAGCUGGAAAUCAUGAUUGAUUAGCUGGGAUGAACAUGUUACAUAGAAAAGUUAAAGAAAAAAAACCUGACUUAAGAUAUAGAUGAAUGGUCACAUAGGAGUUUAAAUGGGGGCCUGCUACUCCAAGUCAGGCCAUGAUGCUUUGGAAACUCCUAAUCAGAAACAGCCGCACCCCCGGCACCACAAGAAUGGUGUAGCAGUGAGAUAUUCCUCCCCUGCUGCCCAGACCUCCCUCCCAAACAGUCACAAGUCUAAUGGUGGUGUCGCUCAGAAUGCCGAAGAGGAUAAAGAAGGGGAGGGUAAAAAGGCUGUGGUGAAUUCUGGUGUUGGUGUGGCCCCAUCAGACAGUGGUAUAGAGAGCCUUUCCCCCAGUGAGGCAGAGGAGCGCAUUGGGAGCCACACCACCAAUAGUGAGGGAAAAGACAGUGGGACAGAAUUGUGUAGGGAAGUCGACCAAUGUGCCUAUGACCCUCCCACGGCCUGGCACAGUGUUCAAACAAGACGUGGUGAGUGUAGAACUCAGAUAUCUAGUCCGUCCAAAUUGGCCAAUAGAAAAUCUGAUAUUGUAAUUCUCAAACCAAGUUUAAAGAAAGCAGGUGAAAAAUCUGAUAAAAAGUAUAGGUUAUCAUGGAAGUCAACAGACAGUUUAGACUGGACAGGAACUUUAUUGACAAGCCUCGACCGCUGUCAGAGUGAGGCCUCGGAGUUUGGUGGGGAUGAUCUGAGUAUCCGUGCCCCCUUAGCAGAGUUUGAUUCCAUUGAUUUCUUGGGGAGCACUGAAUUACUAUCCAAUAAAAAAAGAACAAGCAGUUUUGUUGAUUAUAAUUCCGAAACAUUUCAAUUUCAAUUUGAUUUUUCUGGAUUAGAAUCCCACAGGAAGUACAAAUCUUGUGACUCCGCACCAGUGACUCCCCAAAGUGAGGAACCUCCGUCAGUCAUUGGUGCGGAACAUGUCACUGUGGAUAUACCACAUUCCAAGCGAUCCUCCCGUGACCUCAGGUCCCUGAGAGUACAUUUUGACUCAGAGCCAUCCCUGGCAAUGUAUCCAAGCCUUCAGGAUGUGAAAACCAUGCAGAUGGAUGGCAAGGAGGUGGUUGUUAUUGAUGUGAACACUUAUGGGCAGAUCAUGGAGGAACUUGCAACUCUGAAACUCGCAUUGAGUCAACUCACAGAUCUCAUGCAGCUGCAGGAGGUUGAACAAGGCGGAAGCAUAUCUGAUGAUGUGUGUGGAAAACUGGAAUUCUCCAGCAGUCCGUCUUGAAGUUAUUGUGACACAGGAGGGUACCAAUGUUAUCUACAUACACAAAUCAUAGAUCAUCUUUACACAUAUCAGACACAGGAGGGAACCAAGAAACUGGUCACAAAUCAAGUGCUAUCUACAUACAGGGAUGUCAUGGUUCAUCUUUACACAUAUAAGACAUAGGAAGGAAACGAGAAACUGUAACCUGCUACAAACCAGUUUCCUGGUUCAAUUUGUAACCAGGUACAAACUACAUGUAUUCACUUGGUACAAACCCAUAACCUGGUACAUCAGAAUGGUGAAUGAUGACAUGAACAAUGUCUUGUCUUGUAUGAACUUUUUUCUACUUUUUUUUGGACCUGUUAAGAGUGAUCAGGUCUGGAGAAAUUUGGGCAAAGAAGAUUCAAAGUAGGAUAAAGAUUUUUAAAUCCAAAACUGAAACGUUAGUAUCCCAAUUAUCAUUGUUUUAAUUUUCUGCUAUGCCUGUACGAUAUUUCAUACUCAUCAUAUGCUAUAUAUAUCAGAUGAGCUUUUACCCCUGAAGACUUUUGUUGAACGAGACUUUCAUUUUUGUACAUAUAAACAUAAUGUUAUUUAUCAUGAUUAAAAAGAUGCUAGUUUUUCAUUGUAAACAAGAGCUACUGUAGCUAAGUAUUUACAAAGUCUGUGAUUCAUAUUUGCUCAUAUCAAGUGACAUCAUAUAUUAAAAAUUAGUAUAAAUUAUAUGAAAAGUAAGUAUAAUCAGCUUGUCAGUGGUUUAUUUUUCUAUCCCAAUAUUAUGACUUUGGGUUUAUCAGCAAAGUAAGGGAGGUAAGUCAUGUUUAUUUGGAAUUUUGUCUCAAACCAACAUGCAUUAAAAGCACAACUAUGAAUGUGUAUAACACAGAAGGUAACACAUACCUGGUGCCAAUGUUCCACACAAGUAGUAUCGGUCUGGAAAUUUUAAAAGCAUAUCAUUCCAUGUGACUGUAAAGGUGUGAGGUGUAAUGAUAAAUAUAUUGUGUAGUGAUUAUAGUGUAUAUCAAAAUCUACAGGGGUAUAGAAGACAAACGGUAAUCCUGUGUACGUCCUGUUAGACAUUUUAAAUUAUCUUCUUGUGCAAGAUUCAUAUUUAAAGAUAUUAUCCUGUAUAACUGUAGAAUUGGUAUACUGUAAGUAAAUCCGAAUUCACAUGAAAUAAUGAUGUUAGGAGAGUUAAUGUUCAAUGAUAGCUGUGAGACCCAUCGUAAUGUUACUAGGAUGAAUAUUCCUAUGAUAUAUAUAUAUAUGUUAGAUGAUAAAUAUUCAAACUCGAAAAAAUAGAAGUUGUUCUUGAAUCUUGGAAAUGUUUAUCAGGGAAAUUCAUGUUGAUUGUAACCAUAGAAAUGGAGACAUUACAGAAUAGUAAAAUGUCUUGCUGUAUCGAGGCCUUAAUCCAUAGUAGUCAUAAUCAUAAUAGUGGUAAUCUCUGUGUUUAACCCUAGUCAGAUACCAUAGCUGUAAUGCAUUUAUAUAGACAGUUAUCUAGUCAGUUUAUCACUAACCCUGGCCUUCAUGGCUUCCUAAACAUAGCUACACCUUUCCCUGAGAUGUUGAAAAUAAUGUGGUAUUGUUCAAUAAGGAAUUUACUUAUGACUUUGGAAGUGCUUUGAUUUUUUCGAAGAUUUUUUUUUGUUUUUGUGUAAUUUAUAUUCCCUAUAGUAACUUAUGGUGUAAAUUGUAUUAAUGUUAUUUGUAAAGUAGCUUGCUAUUUAACCCUUGACAUUGUUGUAGCGGGACCUACUGUUGUCUUGGUUACUGGUAUGUUGUACUAUUUCAAUUCUCAGAUUUAUUUAUAAUUUUCUGUUUAUUUUAUAUAAGUGAAUGAUGAAUUACAAGUCGAUAGAUUUUACUGGUAUGAUCUUAUUCUUGAUCAGGAGGAAUAAUCUCAGAAAAUAGAUCACGAUAAUUUUUUUAUACUGAUUUGUGUCCAAAAUACAUUAAAUUUUGUUUUUGGAUUUGAUGGUUUCAAACCAGGUAAAUCCAAUGAAAGGGAAUUUUGACCCAGUUGAAAGAUUUUUUAACAAAUAAUUUUAUUGAUAUUUGUAAUAUUUGUCAUCAUUAUGUAUACAUUUGAAUUUGAAAAGUACAGUCAAGCACCUAUAAACAAGAUCCACAAUAGUAGGUUUUCUUACUAGAUACACAAUAGUAGGUUUUCUUACCAGAUACACAAUAGUAGGUUUUCUUACCAUUUGUUUCACUUUGAUACUAUUUAUAGUAUAAGAGUUCAAAUGUCUAAAUGUUAGAAAUUCAUUAACAUUACAUUGUACUGAAGAGAAAAUACUGUUUCAAUACAUUUCCAUUCUUUUAUAUGUAGGACCUGGCAUGGGUUAUUUGUGUCCUAUAUUAGUUAACCUUUCCUAUUCAUUCAAAAACACUGAUAACUUGUCCCUCGUGAGUAAGAGUUACUUCCCUUCUCUGUUUCUCAAUAUAAGGUGCCCCUAAUUACAAGUUCAUCCUCCAGCUCUGUUAGCUGCUAAUUACUGAUGACAGUAUAGCUAGUUAUUGUCUGAAUCAACUCUAUAUAAUUGUCAUUGUAAGACAUUCAUGUAACUACAUUCCAAGUGCAGGCAUGACAGUGGCAAUCUGUCCAAUACAAUGGUAACUAUUGGGAACACAAGCUUGUAAUAUACUGGUCAGUUGGCCUGCAGACAUUUAAAUAUUCAUCAAGAGCAUAGCUGCAAAGGAAGACAUAUUUGAUAAGUUAAUUAUGUACAUAAGAUAUCAGUAUUAUUUCAUCGCAACAAAAUCAACAGUAAAUUGUCAAUUCAUAUGCAAAUGAUGCACCUUGGUUUUAUGUGUAGUUUUGUGAGGUUUAGAUUGGUAUAUUGUCUGAAUAAUUACUGUGAUCAACGUAGUUAUAGAAAUAACAACUUAGAAAUAUCAGUUGUUUCUACUUUUGGUAAGAAAGUCAAUUGCAACUUUUGCUUAUUUAAAAUACAGGUAUUGAGUAUAAGACUGACAGGCAAGGUCUAUGCAUCUAACAGAUAUUUUUUUUUUUUUUUUUAUUUUGUGUGUAUGUUGUUUUUUUACAUGUCAGAUUUAUUUAAAGUGACCAAGGCUGUAAGUGCUUUUUUGUGAGCUCAGAAUUUGCAUAUUGCUACCAGAAGUUUUUACUUUGUUUUUAUGUGGGGUUUUUUCUGGUAACCAGAAAUGUGUUGCAAUAUGUUUGAUACCUUCCUGUUUAUCUAUGUAGGAUAGUGACAGAUCAUUCAUUGUUGUUGAAGUCUGGUCCUUAACAGGCGGGUAUGCUGUGUUAAUAUCAAUUGUGUGUGCCUUCCAUUGUGAUACCCUAUAUCAGAGAAGAUAUGUUAACUACGCAUACAUAUGCAAUCAAAUCUAUUGUAUUUACCUUUGAUAUUUGCUACAGAAGUAUAAAGCAAUAUACACUGCAUCUGUUUCAUCUCUCAAGUCUCUACAGAUUUAUAUCUUCCCUAUGGAUUCAUUUAAAAUAGAGCAAAGAUACUGUUGAUUAUAUACACAGAUGGCUUCAUGUGUUCAUUUAUCCAUUAAACACCUAAGUUCCCUACACCUUACGGAGGAAAGUGCUCUGUGAAUUCAUCGUCAUUACAUGCUGCUUGUCUUUUGCAUCAAGCUCUCUUGCGAAUUUGAAUUUCAAAAUCAUGCAUUGUAAUUUUAAGGCAUAAUAUUACAAUUUUUUUUAAGUCUUCAAAAAAGUCAGAAAAAAAAUCUGGUUUAAUUACUGAGGCAAUUUUAAUGAAAGUUACGAGAAAAAAGUUACAGAACUAAGUUAACAGGUAACAGUUGCUUGUGUGUCCUGUCAGGUCAAACAUCAAUAUAUUGUAUUUGUUAUUAAAUGGUCAUAAUCUUGUAGGAUACAUGUAGGUAUAGACCAGUCGUCAUGGUGAUAAACACUAAUGAUAUAUUGUACUUGUUCUUGUAACACUUUUUAUCUGCUCAAAGUGUUUAGUGAAUUUUUUAAGUACAGGAGCAGUGAUCCUAACAAAAAUGCCAGAUUUGCAGUGUGUUACAGAAAAAAAAAGAUCAGCACAUUUUAUUUCUUAUUUUGUUUCUCAAUUUUCCUUGAAAAGUGAAAGCUAUAGUUGUGUAUUGAUAGAUGGUUGUGAUAUAUGAGUUAUGAAGGCAAACUUUUAACACCACUAUAGUACUGCACCAACACAAUUACUGGCAACUGUACACCUGUCUGACCAUACACAGGUGUUCAGUGGUAUGGUGGAUUUAAUCGAUAGAAAUUGAUAUAAUGACAAAAAUGUGUUACUUUAAUGGUCAUCAGUGAUGUGUUGUUUGAUUAAGUAGAUGAUUAGAAAUUGGGUUUGACUUUUGUGACAUUUUAUUUGUAAGCAAACAAAUCAACAGUGUUUCUAAUUAGUCAGUUUAUCCUAUGUUCUAUUGCUGUCCGAGGAAACAGCUAUUUUUUUGGAUACAUACUGAUGUUAUCAUUCAAACUUUUCUAGACAAAUUGGUAAGGAUAGUUUAAAAGUUGGUAGAAUUAGUAAUAUGAAACUAAAUGUAUCCUCAUCAUUAUGAAAGCUGGUACAGUUGGGUAAUAUGAAACUAUGUAUAUCCUAGCUGUUACAACAGCUGGGAUAGGGUUGGCGUCUGUGUAUCCUAGCUGUUACAACAGCUGGAGUAGAGUUGGGGUCUGUGUAUCCUAGCUGUUACAACAGCUGGGGUAGAGUUGGGAUCUGUGUAUCCUAGCUGUUACAACACCUGGGGUAGAGUUGGAGUCCGUGUAUCCUUGCUGUUACAACACCUGGGGUAGAGUUGGAGUCCGUGUAUCCUUGCUGUUACAACACCUGGGGUAGAGUUGGGGUCUGUGUAUCCUAGCUGUUACAACAGCUGGGGUAGAGUUGGAGUCCGUGUAUCCUUGCUGUUACAACACCUGGGGUAGAGUUGGAGUCCGUGUAUCCUUGCUGUUACAACAGCUGGGGUAGAGUUGGGGUCUGUGUAUCCUAGCUGUUACAACACCUGGGGUAGAGUUGGAGUCCGGGUAUCCUUGCUGUUACAACACCUGGGGUAGUGUUGGAGUCCGGGUAUCCUUGCUGUUACAACACCUGGGGUAGUGUUGGAGUCCAUGUAUCCUUGCUGUUACAACAGCUCGGGUAGAGUUGGGGGCUGUGUAUCCUUGCUGUUACAACAGCUGGGGUAGUGUUGGAGUCCAUGUAUCCUUGCUGUUACAACAGCUCGGGUAGAGUUGGGGGCUGUGUAUCCUUGCUGUUACAACAGAUCGUGUAGAGUUGGGGUCCAUGUAUCCUUGCUGUUACAACAGCUGGGGUAGAGUUGGGGUCCAUGUAUCCAUGCUGUUACAACAGCUGGGGUAGAGUUGGGGUCCAUGUAUCCUUGCUGUUACAACACCUGGGGUAGAGUUGGAGUCCGUGUAUCCUUGCUGUUACAACACCUGGGGUAGAGUUGGAGUCCGUGUAUCCUUGCUGUUACAACAGCUGGGGUAGAGUUGGGGUCCGUGUAUCCUUGCUGUUACAACAGAUCGGGUAGAGUUGGGGUCCAUGUAUCCUUGCUGUUACAACACCUGGGGUAGAGUUGGGGUCUGUGUAUCCUAGCUGUUACAACACCUGGGGUAGAGUUGGAGUCCGGGUAUCCUUGCUGUUACAACAGCUGGGGUAGAGUUGGGGUCUGUGUAUCCUAGCUGUUACAACAGCUGGGGUAGAGUUGGGAUCUGUGUAUCCUAGCUGUUACAACAGCUGGAUUAGAGUUGGGGUCUGGGUAUCCUACCUGUUACAACAGCUGGAGUAGAGUUGGGGUCUGUGUAACCUAGCUGUUACAACAGCUGGGGUAGAGUUGAGGUAUAUAGACCUGUGUAUCUUAGCCCUUAAGUUUCUGAUCAAUUCUUUGAUUUACGUGACAAAUAUACUGUAGUUGUGAGCCUGCAAGGAGACUUGUGUUACUAUAGAUCAGUAGGUUGUGUUUUAAGAGCUGGUUUUAUCUGCCACUCCUCAGGAGUUGGAAAUCUCAUCGGAUGGUCACCAGUCUUAUGUACAGUCCUGAUCUGGGACCAAUCUUAUACAGUCCUGAUCUAGGACAAUUUCAUUUGUCUUGUUUUAGCUGUUGUGAUUUUUUGUUGAAAUAAAGAAGCAGUUUCCAAUAUA